UUUUUUUUUUCCUUGUUAUUAAAAAACAUAUGUAUACCCACAACACUCUACUAUCUUUUAUUGUAGUAAGAUGUCAAGAUUAGAAAGGUUAUCAGAUCGAUUUUUAAGGGUAGGACGACAUCCUUUUAAAAUAUGUAUGAAAAAAUCAAGGAAAUCAGAUUUGAUAAUGACAGAGGAGGAUGAUACUAAAGAAGUGUGUUGCUGCUGCUACACAGAUUCACCCAUCUAUUCAAAAUGCUGGCCUAUCAUUUUCUUAUUUUCUGCAUUAACUGAUUUUCCUAUGCCUUUACCAAAAGAUAAGAAACCAGGGCAACAUAGAGAUUGGGGAUGGAUACCGUUUAUUAUCAUUGUUGGACUCGUCGUCUUUAUCUAUUAUGGAUACCUAGACAGAAUUAUUUGAAUACAAUAAAUCAUCAUGGUAACUGGUAGUGGUGUUAUUAAAGAAGAAUAUGAAUCAAAGAGGAUUGGCCAUCGCCUAUUUUGUACCUUUCAAUGUUUUUUUCUUCUUUUUUAUAAUUUCCUAUUGUAGGAUUGUAACACAAAAGCCAGGAUAUCCUCCUUCUACUGUCCUUAA